GGAUAGAAUAACUCGUUUACAACCCAUAUUGCAAUAAGGGUCUCAAACCUUUAAUUAUAUAGUUACAUCGAUCUACAUCAUCGUAACAAGACUUACGGUGUUAUAUACAAAUUGUUUCAAACAAGAUAUUAAGAAUUAAAAACGAUAUGAGGUGCAGUAUGCAUUUCAUUAUUAUUUUAAUAGCCUUGAGCUUGAUUGGAGACUGUGAGCCAGAUGAAAUUGUUGCUUGGGACGUUCCACGUCGCUUUUGCUCAUCUGAUAUCCCAAAUAUCAUGAGACUAGUUUGCCGACGUCCAACUCGCAAUCUUCCUUUAAGAUGGAAUAAAAAUACAAUCGGUAAACAAUAUAAUAUUAGCAGUCGACAAAGGCGAGGCAUUGUUGACGAUUGUUGCAAGCAACCGUGUACGCCUCAAUACAUACAGGAGUAUUGUCACAGUGAUUUUGAGAAAACUAGCCAUGAUGUUGUGCUGCUUUAUACAAGCCGUCGAGAGUAUACAAUUUUAACAACAACGACAACACCAACACCAACAACAUCAACAACAACAGUAGCAUCUGCACCAUUAAAAUUGUGCUACCCACAAAUAUCCAUCACUUGGAAAUGAUAAGAGUAUAAAAUAAUUCAAUUUAUAUUUUAACUAUAGG